GGCUUGGUAAAACUUCAAAAAGUUGGGAACCGCGCACUGCGAUGGAGACACUUUAGGAUUCGCCACCUAGCCUACAACAGAGUCCCCUAGCAACCGUUGUUGGGACAGUAAACAUUGUGGCAGUCGCGAGAAAGAACAGCGAAGGUGAUCUCACUUAGCUUAUGCUAAUUUAACGUUUCAGAAAUGCCUUUCCAAAGAGAUCCAUUCCCAUUUCCGAGAUUCGAAAAUGACGCCACAUUUACAGGCGAAAAGAAGCAUAAGAAGAUGCUGUACACCAAGCCAGCUCAUUUGGCCCAAAAUGACCAGCCUUGGAGUCGCCUAAAUGACAGCGCUACUCUGAACAGCUUGAGACGCAACGUACUGUACUACGAUGAGGAGGCUCCAAGGGACAGUUUGGAUUUACACCUCAAAGCCAUGUACGACCAACACGUAGAGUUCUUGAAGAACAAAAAACAGACCCUAUACCAGAGGGAGACUCUUACUGAGGACCAUGGGAGAAUUCUGAAGAACCGGGUGAGAGCAGAACCUCCUGAAGAUGAUGGUGACAGAGAACGGAUGAAAGUUUCGUCCAGCUCCCAGAAGUCAUCCAUUCAUAGCAUCGAAUGCGCAAUAGAGUCUCACCACAACGCCUCCACCAACAGGGGCUACUCCAGGAAACACGACGGCGGCUUCUACUCAACAUAAUUGUGGCUUUCAAAAGCCAGAAUCAGUUUGUCGACCGUGUACGAUCAUGCUUCUGAAUAUUAGUUACAAUAAAUGCUUGUAAGCGAGCACUUGUGUUUGUUCAAAAGUU